UAUAUCAAAGCACUCGUCAUCAUCAAAUUUCACAUACAUAAAGAACCACAAGGGGAAGACGAGGGCAGAAAGCAAGAGAAAAUGGAAGGAAUACAUCACAGACUGGUGAAUGUGAAUGGCAUAACCAUGCACGUAGCCGAGAAAGGUAAAGGUCCGGUCAUCCUCUUCCUUCACGGCUUCCCCGAACUCUGGUACACUUGGAGGCAUCAGAUUCUUGCUCUAAGCUCACUCGGUUACCGCACCGUCGCACCGGACCUCCGUGGCUAUGGCGACACCGAGGCUCCCCCGUCGAUUACCAGCUACUCUUGCAUGCACAUUGUCGGCGACCUCGUUGCACUCGUCGACUCUCUCGGAGUGGAACGAGUGUUUUUGGUGGCUCAUGAUUGGGGCGCCUUUUUUGGAUGGUACCUUUGCUUGUUCCGUCCCGAUCGAGUAAAGGCUUUCGUCAGCCUCAGCGUCCCAUUCAUGCCGAGGAAAUCAUUGAAGCCUGUUGAGAGCAUGAGGCUUUUCUUUGGAGAUGAUUACUAUAUUUGCAGAUUUCAGGAACCUGGAAAGAUCGAAGCAGAAAUAGCUCAUUAUGGAACUUCAAACGUGCUAAAGAGCAUCAUUUCUAGUCGAAAACCAGGUCCACCUUGCUUGCCUAGAGACAAUGCUUUUGGUAUCAAACCAGAUACCCCAAUUGCCUUACCACCAUGGUUCUCACAAGAAGAUCUUACUUUCUACACCAACAAGUUCAAUCAAAAGGGCUUCACUGGUGCUUUAAACUACUACAGAGCUUUGGAUUUAAACUGGGAAUUGACAGCAGCAUGGAGUGGUACACAAGUGAAAGUGCCAGUGAAGUUCAUUGUGGGGGAUAUUGACUGUGUUUAUACCACACCAGGGAUGAAGAAAUAUGUAGAGAGUGGUGGCUUCAAAGGAGAUGUACCCUUGUUGGAUGAAGUUGUGGUCAUGGAAGGUGUUGGUCAUUUCAUCAACCAAGAAAGGGCUGAUGAGAUUAACUCUCACAUUCUUGAUUUCAUCAAAAAGAUCUGAUUCUGCUUUGUUUAUGUGUAAGCUGAAGAAUGCAUGCUUUGUUCUCUCUU